GUCAGUUUGUAGAUCAAGUGCUCCUGAGGGGGAAAGGAGAGGAGAGAGAGAAUGUGUGACUGACUGAACAGUCAGGCCCCACCAGGCUGGCUUGUGGUUCAGUCUUCAGAUUUCUUUGUGGGGGUGGCAUCUACAUUUGCAGCCCACCAUUAUCAUCAUGAUAUUCUGGAUACUCGCUGCUCUCAGCUUCAUUCAAGCUGCUGAAGUAACAGAAAACAAGAUUUUAGUGGAACAGCCGCCUCGAAUCAUGGCAGCUAAUGAAAAUGCUACCUUGGCUUGCAAAUAUGCCUAUAAUGGAACUGGGAACGAAUUCAGAGCAUCACUGAAUAAAGGAACAGACAGAGCAGUUGAAGUCUGCUCUGUUUCCUGGAAUGGUUCCGUCUACAACCAUCAUUCAAAUAAAGAUUUCAGCUGCCAUGUUACAGUUGAUAGCCACAAAAAGGAAGUGAAUUUCAGUCUUUGGAAGCUGAGUACUGACCAAACAGAUAUUUACUUCUGCAAAAUUGAGGUCAUGUUUCCACCUCCUUACAUCUCCAAUGACAAGAGCAAUGGGACUGUCAUUCAUGUGAAAGAAAUCCAAUCACCAGUAUCUCAAUCUGCAACACCCUUUUGGGCUCUGGUGGUGACUCUUGGAUUUCUGGCUGUCUACAGUGUGCUAAUAACUGCGGUGUUUGUUAUCUGCUGGUGGAAAAACAAGAACAACAGAAUCUUGACGAGUGACUACAUGAACAUGACGCCACGCCAUCCUCCUGGCCCAAAGAACAAGCAUUACCAACCCUAUGCACCAACUCGGAUACACACGGAAUACCGCUCUUGGGAACCGUGACUAUCUGCUUACCAAGCUGCUAAUACCGCUGGUGUGCUUUUACUCUGUCACGUGCACUUGGAUGAGAAAGGACAGCCUGCCAUUAGUAUGUCAUAUCUGUUAUAUUUGAUGACAUCAUAGCAAGUACCGGUCAAACUUUAAACUGUGUAAAAGUAGGUUGUUUUCUAUGAUGGCUGAAAACUAGCUACAACUCAUGUUCAAGCUUGAUGGUGUGUAAGGGGGAAAGAUAACACUGGAUCCAGUACAGGGUAUAUUGUUCACUGUUGCAACUACCGAUCUUUCCCAAUCACUUUUGCCUUAUAUUGAACAUUAAUUUCUAGUUAGAAGUAUGUUUAACUUGAAGAAUUAUAAAUCUCUGAAAUACAGUCCUAAUUGGUUACCAUUACAUAUGGUACCAAGCAAACUGUUGAUGCAAAAAUUGGUCCCCUCUCACUUCAAAGAGGAGAAUCCAGUUUCAAGUUCCAAACAUAUGCUUAAAAGAAUAGGAGAGGGUUUCAGCUGUAGUCAGCUGCUAGCCAUGUGGACUAUUAGAUUAUUCCGCAGAUGGGUUGUAAUGACAGAUCCAGGACACUCAAAAUCCAGUAUACAUUAAAAGUGCGAUUCUUAAGUUCUUAAAUUGGUGACUGUGUAAUAUCUGUAGGGGAAGAGGGCCCCCUAUGAAACAAUUUCAUACAGUGAGAAAGCAAUCAAUCUGCAAGGCAGGUCUGGAACAACAGGGGACGAAGAAAGAUCUGCAGUCAUCAUGAAGAGAAUCCUUUUGAAUUAUGUUGGCCUACAACAAGAAACCACCAGGACUUGGCCAAAGUCAUAGAAGACGCAGGUGAGAAAAUCCUCAUUAGAGCUUACUGAGGGCAGAUUUUCACAAGUGGGCCGGAUUUUUGAGUGCCCAGCAAACACAAUCGGGGCCAGAUUUUUAGCUGAGCUGAGAAGCCAGUGUGCACACAGCAUGCUGAGCUCUCCUGAAAAUCUGUCUAUGUAUUCUGGUGCCUAAAUAGCAGCUGAGCUUUUUAAAAAAUCUGGCCACAAUGUUGAGUGAUCAGAUCAUUUGAAAUUUGCUCCUACACACCCUAUCAUUGGAGGGGCUGAGUGACCUCGACGUCCAUUGCAGUCAAGAGGAACUGAAAGCUCUCAGCACUUUGCAGGAGCUGUUCGGUACCUUGAAGGAUCAGGAUCUGACUGGGGCCUACUGUUCUUAUAUAGACUUUUCUCUAGGC